AGGCAGGUUAAUGAGCUGGGUGGAGGAGGCUCCGCGAGGCCCUGCACCCUCUCUGUGCCCGCGGCCAGGGCGCAGCGGGCGAGGCUUGGGAGCGGGAUGGGGCUGGCGGCAGCGGCGGCUCCCCCACCUACUUGCUGGCGGCGAGGCGCAGGGGCCUGGGGCCAGCAGCGCGGCUCCCAGCUCCCAUCCCGACUCUUGCUAAGGAGCGGAACACGCCCCACGUCAGCCUCAUCUGUUUAGACUUUUCCAACUGCCACUUUUAAGCUGUCAUUAAAGACCUGGGGCGCUCCCCAAAGGUCUGGGGCAAGUCCGCGCCGGUCUAGCCAGCCCCGGGAAAGUGCAAGAAGAAAAGACUGGGAGGUGUUGGUGGGAGGGAAGACGUGGGAAGAGGAGUUUUCCGGGACCCCAGGGACCCACUCGCCACCCAUUCCGGACACUGUCCUUCCUGCCCCAGAGCAAAAUGACACAACACCCCGGGGCAAGGGGUGCCAGGUUGGCACUAAAGCAGCACGGAUCCCUAAAGGACGAGCGGGAGAGCGAGCUGUUGGAAAAAGUGAACUUGGACUUUGGGUCGACCCCACUCUCCCACAAUUCUGGCAAUUCCGAUCUUCGGGCGUUCUCAUUUUUAAGUUCGCCAACCGCCCUGCAUUCGCCCCCCGGGCUGCGUUGCCUCCGGCGCAUGGGGGCGUGCACCUCGGAAACUGGAAAGACAGCCAAAGAGCUCGCCGGGUCCCUCUUUCCCAAAGGAGAUACAGCCCCACUUCCAGCCAAACUCCCGCCCCCGAUGCACCUAGGCUCUGGGCAUGUCUUCUCGGUCCCCACCUCCCAUUCUCGUUCUCUCCUCGUGGUGGUGGGGAACAGCACCCUACUGCCACUCUUUAGCUGUUCUUUGGUGGCAAUAGCCAGAGUAGUCUCCAGAGAUGAGCUUCAUCCUAACUUCAUCCUAACUAUUUGGGAAGCCCAAGUGUCCCCAGGUUCUCUCCAGCGAUGUCUGAAACUCAAGACCAUAAAGAACCAAGGGAGCCAGAUCCCAGUAGAGUACCCAUGUGCCAGGCCGAACCUCCUGGAGGCAGCCUCACUGGGUCCUUGCGUGUGUCAUUGGAAUUUGCCUCUAAGUCUCAAUUCAUUGCGCUGUCUUGCGUCAGAUACCCUGUGCUGCGCAGGCUUCGGCAUCAUCCGUACCUGCACGAAAGGUUCUCACUAG